GGAUCGGCAAUGGAACAACGACGGAUACAGUGACUUCUCCUUAUGUACUUAUCAAGCCUAGGAAAGCGACUUCAACAAAAGAUUUGCAAUGGCAUUCCUACGGAUAUUUGGGAUAGGGAAGAAGCUGGUGACUGAGCCUCCUAUAGCGCCUGCUAGUGUUGAGAAGCGGAACGACCAAAAGGAGACUACGCCCACGUCUCUGCAAAUUCCAGAAAGGCAAAGUGCCCUCCUACUUCAUGGCCCUCGACAGCCAUAUGCUGCGAUUGACGACCAUGGUAUACCAGUACCCUCCGAGGACAGAGAAGUCCUCGUGAAGAACGUCGUACUCGGCCUCAACCCCAUAGAUUGGAAAGCCCCAGAUUUUAACUUCGGCAUUCCAACCCUUCCUUAUGUCUCUGGUCGUGAACUCGUCGGUCAGGUCGUCACCGUGUCAAAGAAGAACUCACGACUAAAGGUGGGCGAUCUUGUCAUCGUUGUCUCUACCGACUACCGCGAUCUUCGAAAAGCGGCAUUCCAACAAUAUGUCUUAGCAACAGAUUACAACCUAGCCAGACUACCCCGUCGCCUGACAGCCGAGUCUGGCUCUGUGCUUGGAGUAGCAUUCGUUGCUGCAGCCAUCUCAUUAGGAAUCUGUGCCGGCCUUGACUUCAGCAGUGUCUUGGAUGGACCGAACCUACUGUCACUGGUACGGGGACUCGACCCCUCAAAACUAGCCGAGGACAUCCGUACCGAAUGCCUCGAUGGUAUCGACGAUACGGAGAGAGCAAGAGCGGGUGACUGGCUGGCCAUUUGGGGUGGAUCAAGUACGACGGCAUUCAUUGUCAAUCAAUUAGCACGAUUGGCAGGACUGAGAACGAUCAGCAUCCUCGACGCUCGAAAGCACAGCGUUUGGCUACAUUCUUCCACACCCCAGUCACGGCCAGAUGUCAUCGUUGACAGCCACAAUCCCCAGCGCGCUGUUGAGAUCGUGAGAGCAUCUGCACACGGCAAUCUACGAUUCGGUUUCGACACGGUGGGGAGGCAGACAGCUGAGCAACUUCUUCAUAGCCUUGGGCCAGAGCCCACAGAAACGGUAGAGAAGACGACCCCUUCCACAGAAGACGUUUUCACGCCGCCUGCAACGCCCCCUGCUUCUGCAAUUUCACUGUCGACUUUGACGAACAAAACGUCGACCCAUUUGAUCGGCUUGACCGGUUUGCCCAAGACUUCUCCAGGAACCAUCAAGUUCCAUGCCGUCCCAAUUAAGUUGUUCCAUGAAGUUCCUGAACUUGGCGAGGCACUCAUGAUCUGGCUGGAGAGACUACUGGAGCAAGGAUUACUCGAGCCGCCGAGGCUUUUGGGAGUGGAAGAAGGGCUGAAAAAUGUCAACGUUGCGCUGGACCGCAUGAGGAAAGGAGAGAUCAGUGGCGGCAGGAUUGCUGUCCGAGUAUAGACUUAUAGCAUAGACCAUUGCAUUCAUAUGGAGUAUUGGAUACCAUUAUUGCGGC